GUUUCGUUCUCGCUCACCGUUGGAAUUCACAGUGUCCUUGUGUUUUUUUCUCGGGAUUGCUGGAGGAGAGAGAAGGAGCGAGAAAGCGCCGCCAGCAAGCAGAUGUUCUAGCUGGACUAUCCCUCUGCCACGAGCAAGCUGUUUCCAACCUGAGAAUCGAGCUUAUACACAACUAAAAUGUGGCAGCCUGCGUCGGAGCGAUUGCAGCAUUUACAGAGCAUGCUGAAGACCAAACUCAAUGUGUUAACGCUCCGGAAAGACCCACUGCCUACAGUGAUAUUUCAUGAGCCAGAAGCCAUCGAGCUGUGUUCCACCACCCCUCAUACAAAGAACCGCACAAAUACAGGAUUUAAGGUGACCUACCUGGGCAAAGUGACGAUUUCCGGCACUCAGUUCCUGUCUGGCUGCACCGAGUCAGCUGUUGUGGGAUUAUGGGACUCAAAGCGAAAUUCUCUCGCCCUCGAUGACUCCAUCACCGCUUGCAACACCAUACUGGAGAUCCGUCCUUUCCAGGUGCGAAUGCAUCACCUGGAUGGGCGGGGAGAGGCAACAGUUGCCAUGGACACCUUCCAGGUGGCUCGUAUUGCAUAUUGCACAGCAGACCACAACAUUAGCCCGAACGUGUUUGCGUGGAUCUACCGACAAAUCAACGAUGAUCUGACGUUCCAGAUGGACUGCCAUGCUGUGGAGUGCGAGAGUAAAUUAGAGGCAAAAAAACUGGCCCACUCCAUGAUGGAAGCCUUUAAGAAAACCUUCCACAGCAUGCGCAGUGACGGACGUAUCCACAAAAGUGGAUCAUCCGACGAGUUUCCCGAAGAUUCAAGUACACCUGACGAUGACUGAGGAAGCUUUUGUAAUGUGGGGGGUGGGGUGAGGGGGGCGAGGGAGUAUAAGUGUGAGAGAGCACCGAUACACCAGUACCUGUACUCUCUUUCUCUAUCUCUCUCUAGUCCUUGUACCAUAAUUGAACAUUCCGAAAAACAAACAGAAAUGACAAAAAUGAAACAAAACCACAAUUAGAAGGCGAUGGAAACGGGACAGUAAUGACGUGGAAAUUACUAAGAAAGCAAAACAACUAGUAAGCUAACAGAUUGUGCCCAUUUUACUAAAGAAUUUAUAGAGAUAUUUCGACUUCAGUGAGGUACAACUUACAGUUACAUCAUUGUGUAACUUUGAUCGUUAUGAUGGUUACACUUCAUCUUGAAAGUUGCUGUAUUUGAAUAUGGUGUUUUGAGAAGUGGUAAGAACUUAUUACAGAUUUUAUCUGUCAUUCUACCAUUGUUUAGCCAAUCAAAACCUUGGGCCUAUUCAACUUUUUGUUGGGUUAUUCAUAAAGUGUAAUACAGUACUUUCUAAGGGGUCACUUUUAAAUAGCAGGUAUAUUCCUUCUGCUAAGUAGAGUUUAAGAGAGAGAGACAAUAUUAUUUUGAUAUUUAUGGCAGGCAGCCAGCCUAGGGCAUUCCUUUACCUUUAUUGGGCCAUAGAAUAAUCACCUUUAGGGACCAUGCAUCUAUUUGUGUGUUUUUUUUUUUUUUUUUAAAGAUACCAAAAGUCAAUGUGUGUGAUGUAGUCUGUUUUUGUGCAGAUCAUGAGCCUUUGAAUAACUAUGGAACAGGUUCUCUAAAACAAAUUUUUACAAGCUACAGUGUGCAAGAGUGUACAAGUCUGCUUCUCUGUUUAGGGUAGUUUUGUGUGUUUAUGUGUGCAUGAAGAAGAGUUUUUUUUUUAACAAGCGAAGGGUUGAGAAAUACUAGUGUGUGUGAUGAAUGAAAGUGAUAUAGACGUGCCAUUGAAAAAUCAGUAUACACACUCAUGCAGGGCUUUUGCAUUUCAAAGACCACAUGAAAUCGCUUUGCAGUUUUCUUUCCUGAGUUGACAUGCUUCUUAUUAAAACAGAAAGCUGGGGCAGGCCAUAUCAAGAACUUUUCCCUUUUUUAAUUAGCCAACAGCUUGUAGUUUACAUCACAGUCAUGUACCAUGAUUUUCUACUUGCUAGUCUGAGGCAGGUGGUUUUAGGGGAGGGACAUUCUCAUUCUAGAGAGCAUCUUAUUGGACAAUAAUGUGGAUACGCCCCUGAGUGCAUGAUGAGUCGUCAAUAUUUUUGGUCUGUUUUCCUGGCAGAGAAAGACAUUUUACAUUUCUACAAUACAUUUUUAAGUAACUGUUCGCACAAAUUAAAUCUUGUCAAAAUAUACUCCUAUUCAUGUCUUUACAAACAAUUUGUCAGUUUUCAGUGAACAUUUUUACAUCCUUUGUACGUUCUUUAGAACUUUCAGAGUUAGUUGAAGCAGUGAAUGAGCGUCUCUUAUUCACAGUGAAAAUCUUGACGUCUGUUGUACAGUCAUGAGCGUAUGAGAGUUUGUUCAACAAAACUGAUUUCAUGGGGUCUUUGAGGCUGAUAUUGUUUUGAUUGUGCUGCUUUUUUAAGUAAAAGUAAUCCCUGUUACCAGUCCUUUUAUUAGCAUACAGGGUGUCAGGAUGUCUUUCUAAAGAUUUGGAGAGAAUGAUGUGAAUGUUUGUGUGGUGAGAGGGAGGUUCCAGGACGACAAAAACAAAGUAGUCACAUAGAGUGCCUGUAUAUUCCUCCCAUAAUGAAUGUAUGAUAUAUCUUGUGCCGCAACAAGCGAUAUAUAUGUAUUGGUACUCAAAGCAUUGUUUUAUUAUAAUUUUAGAUAUUUUUAAUAUACAUUUGUAUUUGCAAAUGGUUUGGAAGUAGAGAUUUGAAUCAAUCUACAAGAUGCCAAGAUGGGAUGAUGUGUGCAUGUUAUUUUCUUAAAAUACAAUUGUUCAUACACACCCACGCACACAUAUUAUCAUACACACAGCUCCAUUUACCUGUGAAAACCUUGUUAUGGGGAUGAUGGAUUGUGGGGCAAAAUGAAUUAAUACAUGGUUAUGUGAAUAAAGAGACUCUGAAUCAGUUAUAUUUUGUAUUCCGAUUUUGAAUUUAAUUAUAAAAUCAUAUUCUAAUUUGGAUUUAGACUCUGUUGGAGUGAAUCUGGAUUCAGGCUCAGGGGAAAGGGAGAGAAAACUCAAGUGAAGUAGUGACCCUGAGCAGCAAGUAUCCAUAAAUAAAGAUAUAUAUAUAAUGUAUUAAAUCUCAUUCAAUAAGCUUGUGUAUUUACAAAUGUAUCCAUGUUUUUUUUUUUUCAAACUGCAUUGAAUGUUAGAUCUUUUGAAUAAAGUUAGGAGCACCAUACAAUUAAUCAGUAUUAUGGCCAACUGUGAAUUUGGAUUGAGAACUAGGAGUAGUCUGAGUGAUGAAUUGUCAGAGGAGAAUGAGGAUGAGUGUCUAUUUGUUGUUUAUUUGUAUUUUUUUUUUACUUUGUAGAUGAACAUUCUCACUACAUGACUUAAUGGCUCAGACUCACUUUAAUGUUUUGAAAUGUUACCAUAUGUGUUUUUUUUAUGCUGUAUUUGCAAAGAUAAAAAAGAUACAGUCAUACAGUAUAUAAACUAUUUACCAAGCUAAGCUGUCAUGUUGUUUUUUUUUUUUUGCCUUUAUCAAACUAUUUGUGUGUGUGUGUGUGUGUGUGUGUGUGCGUGCGCGUGCG